GCGUCGCAUCUGUGGGGUGGCGCGUCGGGUGCCAGUCGAUGUAAACACUAUGGCCGAUGAAUUGAAGAAGCACCUUAUCCACCUCAUAUCCAGGGUCCAAGGGCUCCAGGCUAUUGUAUUCACAGACCGAGACGGUGUGCCUCUAAUCAAAGCUGCAACAGACGGAGCACCUGAGCAUGCCUUGAGGCCCAGCUUUCUGGCAACAGUGGGCAUGGCCAUGUCCCAAGGCAACAAGCUUGGCCUAGGCAGAUGCAACAAGAUGAUUUCCUCUUAUGGCAACUAUCAGGUGGUGAGCUUCAACAGGCAUCCCGUGACCAUCACACUUGUUGCGAGCAGUUCAGCUAAUACUGGCAUGAUAUUGAACCUUGAAGAGGAGCUGAACACAGUUUCACAAACUCUGAGGAGCGUUGUGGAGGCUUCUUAAGGCAUUAUGAAUAGAUAAAGAAAACUGGAACCGAGGUGUUUGUGCCAUGCAGUGAAGCAUUGUUGGUUUUUCACAAGGAGGUUAAAGUAAUAUUUGCAGGAGUGGAGGAGGUGCCCCCAGGUGAAGCCGCGUGCUGCCAUCUUGCCAUAGGCAGAAAGUGCGCCUUCCUCAACUCUAGCCGUUUCCGCCGCACAGAUGUUCGAAAUGUUUUUCAGCGUUGUGGCAAUCCAGACGUUGUAGUGGACACAUUGUGCCUUUUUUAAAACUACAUAAAUCAAGCGAGAGGGUGCUUUGGGAUAAUGUUUCAGUUGCAAAGUCCAGUGGUACACAUCCUUGGGCUUGUUCUUACCACUGGAGUGGAGCACAAAUAGGAAAAGUACACAAAUUAUUCGUUGCUAUUAAAUAGGCAAUUGACUCCUAA